AUGAAGCAAUUCAAACAAGUUGAGUCUUGUGUUGAGUCUUCGGCGAAAUUGUCUAUAAACAUCAACGAAAUCUUUUAUUUCGCUCAGAGGGCUGUUCUCUAUCCUACAGCUCCCUUAUACGAUUCCAGGCUACACACCCUUAAGCCUGCUUCUGCAGCUGCUUUGUCUAGGAUUUUCAAACUCUGCGAUUCAAAUAAAGAUGGUCUCCUUGAUUAUACUGAGCUCAAUGCAUUUCAAAUAAAGUGCUUCAACUCGCCUUUGUCCGAUGGAGACCUCCGAGACAUUACCCAGCUCGUCUCCCAGCACUCCCCCCAAACCAUCAGCACACUCCCAGACAAUUCAAUCGCUCUCACGCAACUCGGAUUCAUCCUCCUUCAUACCAUCUUUAUCCAGAGAGGAAGACUGGAAACCACGUGGUCUGUUUUGACUAACUUUGGCUACGCCCAGGAUUUGCGAUUGAAGGAAGAUUUCCUGUAUCCAGAUCUCCACAUACCCCCAAACUCAUCUGUAGAACUCUCUCCACAAGGCUACUCAUUUUUUACUGAGAUUUUUGAAAAGUUCGAUGUAGAUAAGGAUGGAGCGUUGUGCGAGAGCGAGCUAGAAGAGCUAUUCGCAACGUCGCCCGGUAAUCCAUGGCUCAAUAAUGGGUUCCCCGACACCACACUUACAGACGAGAAAGGUGCCGUCACUCUGCAGGGCUGGCUAGCGCAGUGGAGCAUGACUACACUCCUCGAUCACAAAACUACAUUAGCUUAUCUCGCCUACUUGGGCUACGAGAUGGCUUCUGCGCACGAGAACGCAACAACGACAUCUGCGCUAAAAACUACCCCUCCUCGUCGUCGUUCGGGGGAUCGCGGAGCUCUUCAGCGCAAUGUAUUCCUCGCCUAUAUCAUAGGUGCGCCCAACGCCGGCAAAACGAGCCUGCUGCGCGCGCUGCUCAACAAGCCGUUUGCUGGUGGGGGUAGUGUGGGUAGCUCGAGCGGUGGGAGUGUGCUGAACGCUGUGAAUGCAGUAGAGAUGGAAGGUGGUGAGAAGUACCUAGUAGCGCAGGAGGUGGUUGAUUUUGCUGAUGUCGCGGGGGGUAGUGGGAGUGUUAGUGGCAAGCACGCCAAGGGCAAACCAGCCACUACGCAUCUCCCCCACCUUCACAAAGCGGAUGUGCUCGUACUAGCGUACGACUGCUCCGACGCCACAUCCUUCGCACACCUCACGCACCUAAACAGCAUUCACAACCUAGAUGGGCUAGACACGCCGUGCGUCUACGUCGCUACCAAGUCAGACCUUGAUCUCGCGCAGCAGCGCAGCGACGUACAACCAGAUGUUUAUUGUAGGCGUCGCGCACUUAAUGUGCCCAUCGCUGUGAGCGUACAGGCUGGCGAAACGGCGGGACUAUUCCAGUAUAUCUGUUCAGUCGCCAGUACACCCCUUCAAGCCCUGCCGAGACAGAGGAGAGGAAGGAACGUCGUUAACGCACUCUCUAUCGCACUCACUCUCGGGGCUGGCUCUAUUGGUAUACUUGCCUUUCUCGCCAGAGUUUACGGCUGGAGAUCUCCCACUUCUCUCCUGCUGUCUACGUAUAGAGGCGCGUUGCUCACUCACACUCACACACGCACUAAAGGGAAGCUGCCCAGCGGAUUUGCCGGUCAGCUGCAGCAGAGAGGCGCGCCAAUCGCCCGCGGACAGCUGCUGUGUGGAGAAGAACGGGCUACUACUGCUAACCCAAUUCUGGGACUGGGCCACGAAGACAUGUGGACGCUGCACGGGCUCUGGCCUGAUCGCUGCGAUGGCAGUUAUCCCCAGUUCUGCGAUAACAGCAUGCAGCUGCACAACAUCACCUCCUCCCUUCUAGCAGCGGGCGAGACGGACCUCUACCAGGCUAUGAGCACUGUAUGGCUCGAUAACCGUGGACACAACGAGCACUUUUGGCAGCAUGAGUGGAACAAACACGGUAGUUGCUACAGCACACUCAAACCAGCCUGUCAAGCGGAUAGCAGCGAGAGUGGGAGCGAGAACGUGGACACAAUGAUUGACUACUUUUCUCGCAUUCUUAACACCUACAACCGCUUCCCGACCUACGAAUUCUUGGCGAACAGAGGCAUAACUCCUUCUUCUACACACACUUACAAACUGGCAGACAUCAAGCACGCGCUCAAGGAAGCAUUUGGUUACGCUCCAACUAUCAAGUGCGAUGGUGGCGGUAAUAAGGUACACGAAGUUUGGUACUCGUUCAACCUCGAGGGACCACUUGUUUCAGGAACGCUCCUCCCGCGUGAGCAAGUGUCCGCUGAUAGCUGCAGCCAGGACGUCUACUACCUUCCCAAGCACCAGUCGCGUAACAAGCACAGCGCCAGUGCCAUUCCGUGGGUAUGA